AUGGAGGCUGACCAGACACUCCCUUCGUCGCUCGAGUCGCUUGGACAGAUCACCAAAGGAACAAGCCAAUUGAACAGCCAGCUGGACGAGCUUCUGGCCACCCAAUCGACAGACUUAUCACCAGCCACCACAACAUCUCUCGGGAUUUCGCUCCUGGACCUGAAGAACCAUCUCUUGACGAGCUAUCUGCACAACCUGACCAACCUGCUGGUCAUCCGGAUCUCUCAAACCAAUCGGAUCCCUCUGGAGGAGGAGCAGGAGCAAUGCUCAAGCCAGAUCGUCGAACAGUUGGUCUGGUUGCGGCUGGUGUUCGAGAGGCUGCGACCGAUGGAAGCUAGGCUGAAGUACCAGAUCGAUAAGCUGCUCAAGACCGUCCUUGAACUCGACCAGCAUUCGUUCUCGAAUAUGACUGCUGAGAUCGACCAUGUGAUGAAUGAUCCACUAUCAUUCAAGCCCAAUCCGGCCGCCCUCGAAGGACCAAAUGAAGCAGAAGACGACCGGGAAGCUCAUGAUGAGGACACUGGUGGACGACAGAAAGAAGACCGAAGAUCGAAAGAGGUCUACCGUCCACCGCGAGUAGCGCCCGUCGCUUAUCCGGAGGCUAGUGGGAAGACGAAGCGGCAGGCCCCAGCCCCGGUAGCCUUGAGGGAGCAUGUAUCUUUGGCGACAGCGGCGCCGCUUCCGGAGUCGACGACCGGGCUUUCGAACGCGGCGACCAAGUCCUCCAACCGAGCCAAGGCCUUGGCCCGAAUGAAGGAGUACGAGGAGGCCAACAUGACCCGGCUGUUCUCGACCAAGAAAGACGCCCGGCGCCGCAAGAACGACGAGGCCGCCGUCGCCCUCGGCAUCGAGACGUCCGCCGCUAGCAAGAACCAGAAACGCAAACUCGGCGCACUCGAGGGCGAGUUCGAUGGCGUCCUUAACGAGAUCUCCAGGACUAACGAUCGCUACUCCGCCCAUCUUGGCGGCCCCUCCAAGCCGCCACCCCGGAAAAAAAUCCCCUCCGCUUCCGGCUCAUCUGGUCCUGCUAAUAAUCGCAAGUUCAAGAAAAAGGGCGCGUUCGAUAAAGCGCUGAAGAAAAUAUCUUGA